AUGUAAAAGGAUAUUAUAAUAGAAAAUAACAAAAUCUAAUCCUUUAUAGAUGUUAUUGUAGAUGAUUUAUCUGAAGCCUUGUAAAUAUCAAAGGCUGAUUCAAUCUUUAUUCUACAUAAGAUUGAAUGGGAUGAGAUGAAAAUAGGAGAUUUAUUUUUAAAAAACAAUAAUGUUAAUCAAAUUUUAAACAAUUUAGGCUUAUCAUAAAAAAUUUAGAGUUCAGAAAUGAAUGAAUCUAUUUUAUGUCCCAUUUGUUUUAAUAAUAAUACUAAUGUUUAAUUAUCUUGUAAUCACUAAUGUUGCAGUAUUUGUUUAAAUUUAUAUGUUGAAGAAUAAUUAAGAAAUACUAUCUUUCCAAAAUGCUUUUAAAAUUAAUGUGAUAAAAUUCUUCCAACUGAUUUUUAUUCAAAUAUGAAUUAGUUUAAGUCUUGGAUUAUUAAAAGUGUUUAGAAUAAUAAAAAAAAAUGUGGUAAUAAUAAAUGUUAAGAACUUAUUCCUAAUUCACUCAAAACUUAUACUAUAAAAUGUAUUUGUGGCUUUAUAAAUUGUUCUAUUUGUAAAAAUGGUGAUCAUAGACCUUUAUCAUGUGCUUAAGCAUCAAAAUUACGUUUUAAUUAAACAUAAUGUCCAAAAUGCUAAAUUACAAUAGAAAAAUUUGGAGGAUGCAAUAAAAUGAUUUGUAAAACUUAACUUGGAUGUGGAUAUUAAUUUUGUUGGAGCUGCUUGGAACCUUGGAAACAAAAUCAUCAAUGCAUUUAAAAACAAGAAAACAAAGUUAAAUAAUUAAUUCCAUAUUUUUCAAGUUAAUUCAUUAGAAAAAAGUAAGCUAAUACAAUUCCUCUAUUUUCAAAAAAAAAAUUUCUUGAUUAAUUUUAGAACCCAUAAGAUCGAGAAAUCAUCGAAAAUUGUUUCAAUUUUAUAAAUGUAACUGAUGAUUUAAAUACUAAAGAAGUAAUCUUUUUUGCCAAAAGCAACUUAAAUAGAAUGUAAUUUCAUGAAUCCCUUUAAUACGAAAGAUUGAUGCAUUACAAAAAAGAAAUUGAAAAUAUUAUUUAGAAAAAAUAAAAAUCUGAAAAUACAAUUAGUUAACUCUAAAAAUAUUGUUAAGUAGCUAAAGAAGUAAUUAUUUCAGUAAUUUUAGUUUUUGGAAGAUUAUUUGGAUUAAUUCAACCAAGAAUAGAGUAUUCUUCAAUGA